CUCGAUUAUAUACUUACAUCAUUCAGAGCUGAUGUAACUGUUUAUCGUAAAAAGCAGUUUUAAAACAGUAGAGAAACCCCUCGCAUAAGACAUAAGAAAACUUUGAGAUGACUACAUUCUUCUUUCACCAACCAAGACAGUCUAUUACAAUCUACGUUGAUGGAGUUAACAUUUAAAAAGCUCAAAGUGAUUAGCUGGGUCGGAUAUUGGUUAUUAUGUCUGUACAUUCAUCGAUCGUCUGGAAUCGAAUGUGGAAAUGUGAAUGUGAUCAAUGAUCUGAUUCGAGGUGGAAAUGAAACAGUGAAAGGAGCAUGGCCCUUUGCUGUGACUCUAUACGAAGUAAAUCGUUCGGAACCUUCAUGUGGAGGAACUCUGAUAUCUAAAAAACAUGUUCUGACGGCUGCCCAUUGCAUCCACAACAAACAGGCACCCUUGCAGAUUAACGCCGAUGACUUGAAGGUAUACUUGGGAGUGCACAAUCUGUCUGGAAAGGACGAUGUAGGAGUUGUUCAAGCAAACAUAGAAGACAUUCGAGUUCAUCCCGAAUGGGAUCCUUAUUUCACUAGUGAUUUCAAGGCUGACCUAGCCAUUAUAGUACUCAGCGAAAACGUUUCCUUCACAAAAACUAUUCGUCCGGUGUGUCUUCCAGCCGACUCAGCCGAUGUUAACAGUCAAACGAUUGAUCUUAAAGGAAUGGUCGUUGGUUGGGAUGUUACAGGUUCUAACAAUUGGGAAAACAUUCAGAGACAAGCUUCCAUUACUGCUGUAAAUGACACGUAUUGCUAUCAUAAGGACGAAGCAGCGUCGACUUUUUCAUCUGAUCACACAUUUUGUGGUGGAUUUGGAGAUGGUUAUCCGACUUCGGGUGAUUCGGGUGGAGGGUACUUCGUUCUGCAAGAUAAGACUUGGGUACAGUACGGCAUAAUUUCCGUGACUCGCACAAACCGAACUGGACAUGCUCUUCCGUCAUCAAUUCAAAUUUACACAAAUCUUAGGUCUUUCAAACGGUGGAUAGUGACAACUGUUAAAGAGACUUGGGGUGAAAUCGGUGAAGCAAUAGAAAAGAUCAAAAUAAUCUGUGACUAUGUCUACCAGGAUGGGUCGUACUAUGGAUGUAUAGCGGAUGCAGUGAAUGUACAGACAGAUAAUAUUGAAAUUGAGUCCGUCACUGGCUCUCAUAUGAACGACAACUCUAAUCAGAAUGUUGAAUAUCUCACAUUUCUUAAUGGAUCGUUGAUUUAUCUUCCGCAUGGAAUCGGAAAUUUUUUCACAAAUUUGAGAACUUUACAGGUCGGUCCAGGAUUAGGUACGAAGCGAGUCACUCGAUCAUAUUUUAGGAAUAUGACGAAUUUGGACAAGUUGCAGUUUUUCGAAAAUAGCAUCGACACACUAGAAGAAGACUCGUUGUGGGAUUUAGAGAACUUAGAAAUAUUUCAGUUGUUUGGUAACCAGAUAGUUGAGCUGAAGGAAAAUUUUUUUGAGAAAAAUGAAAAGCUUCAGACGAUUUUUCUUGACUCAAAUAAAUUGCAAACAUUGCCGAAACACUUACUGCGAAGAAGUUUACUGCUAACACACAUCGAAUUUCAAAACAAUCAUUUGCAUCUUAUCGACGAGAAAACUUUCGAGACCAACGCGCGACUCCAAUACAUCGAUUUGUCAUCGAAUCGUUUGGAGACUCUACCGACGAAUUUGUUUAAGAACAAUUUGUUGCUGAAGAUCUUGUCCAUCGCCAACAACUUGUUAAAGACUGUCGACGAGAAAUGUUUUCAUUCGAACAUCAAUCUCGUAUCCAUCAGUCUAUCAUCGAAUCAACUGGAACAUCUAACUGGAAAUAUGUUUAAAAACAAUUUGCUGUUGGGGUACGUUUUCCUGCGCAAUAAUUCGAUAAAAACGAUGGAUAAGGGGUUCUUUGAAAGAAAUAUGUACUUCGAAACGAUCGAUUUGUCUUUAAACCAAUUUGUGUUGCCAACCACGAUGGAAACACCUGUGCCGUCCGGAAUCAAUUCAAUUACUGCUAUAGAGGAAGGACUUUCCGCGACAAAUGUUAAAACUAUCGAUUUAUCGUUCAAUUUCAUCGAAUACUUGCCGAACACUCUCUUUAGCAACAACUUGAUGUUGGUUAAUGUUUCCAUGCGAAGUAAUUCUCUAAAAGUCAUCGACGAAAAUUGUUUUGCGAAUAAUCCGAAUCUAAUACUCAUCGAACUAUCAUCAAAUGAGUUGACCUAUUUGCCGAAAAAAUUGUUCCAAAAUAAUUUGUCAUUAAAGUACGUGUCGUUGUGCUACAAUUGGUUGGAGACCGUUGAUGUUGAGACUUUCGCAAAAAACCGUGAACUUGUUUUCGUCGAUUUGGCAACAAAUCGAUUGGGAUCGAUUCCCAGAAAUUUAUUCGAAAACAAUUUGCUACUGGAGGGAAUUAGUCUCCGCAAUAAUUCACUCAAAAUUAUCGACGACAACGUCUUUGACACCAAUAUUAAUCUGCAAAAUAUUGAUUUGUCGUCGAACCAGUUGGAGUAUCUACCAAAAAAUUUGUUUCAAAAUAAUUUGGAUUUAAAAUACGUUCUGCUGCAGUUCAACCAAUUACGGUUUAUUGAAAUUGAUUUUAGUAAAUUAAGGAACGUGAGACGAAUUAAUGUUUACGAGAAUGUUUGCACUGAUGAUCCCAUAUUUCAAAGACAUUAUGAUUACAAACUGGAAGUUUUAGUCAAUGGAAGAUAUUUGGAAUUAUUUCAGCGAGCUUUGAACUACUUUUGUACAAGUAUGAAACAGUUGUAAUUGUCCUAAACAUUAUUAACAAAAUUAUUAUGUCGUUACGAACAGAAAUAGAAA